AUGGGGUUUCAGCCCGCUCCCGUGGACAUCCCCGUCAUCAUAUCCGUUGCUCCAACCAGCGGUGGUCCAUCACAGGUUGGGACAUCGUUCGCCUCAGAACGGCGCGUAACGCCAACAUGGACAGUUUUGCAGCUGAAGUCGAAACUAGAAACUAUGACUGGAAUUCCCCCAUCCAGUCAGAGACUCAAACUGAAGGCCCCCGGUAAAGACGACCAAUGGGUUGACGGUGAUGAUCGGAUUGUUGGUGAUUGGGCCCUUGGCAGGGGAUGUGAGUUCGAGAUCCAUGACACUCGACCCCAAGCAGCACGCCCGGAUUUCAGCGACCUCUCCUCAGUAGAAAAAUAUGUCCUCCCAACCUCAACCUACGAAUCCCGUCCCAACAGCGUCCUAUCGUGGAAGAAAUCCCAGAAGCUCGGACGCUUCGACCCUAACGCCCUCUCCCCUGAAGAAAUCCUUAAGCAGCAAGUGGAGAAAGACCAGAAAGAGAUUCAACAGAGAGGUAUCGAACUCUCCAAGCGCGCAAUAAUCCACCCCUCCGCCCCUCCCCAUAUCCGGCGCGGGACAAUUCGCUUCAUCGGCCCGGUCCCCACCAUUCCAUCACCGCUUGUGAAAUCGCUAUCAUUAUCCGCAGGAGGAGACGAAGAAGAAGAAGGAGAAGAAGAAGAUGAUGAUAAAAGAAUCACUGCCUCCACUGGACCACUUUGGAUCGGCAUCGAACUUGAUGAACCCACUGGCAAGAAUGAUGGAUCUAUUGGUGGCAGGAGGUAUUUUACCUGUCUGGAAAAGCGAGGCGUGUUCGUGAAGCCGGAGAAAGUUGAGGUGGGUAAUUUCCCGCCGUUGGAUCUUGAGUUGGAUGAUGAGGAUAUGGAGGAGAUUUGA